AUGGGUACAGCCAAAAACUCUACUGCAGGAAUUUCUCCUGUUGGGUUUCCAGGGUCACAGGCCCUUCAGCUCUCUCUCUUUAUUUUGUUGGUGACGUACAUCCUCACUGUCAGUGGUAACCUUGCUAUCUUGAUUUUGGUGAGGACAUCCCACCAGUUACACACUCCCAUGUACUUCUUGAACAAACUUUCUUUCCUGCAUAUUUGGUAUACCACAGCUGCUGUCCCCAAGGCCCUGGCCAUUCUACUAGGGAGAAGCAAGACCAUAUCAUUUUCUGGCUGCCUGUUGCAGAUGUGCCUUGUUUUCUCAUUAGGCUGCACAGAAUACUUCCUCCUGGCAGCCAUGGCCCACGACCAACAUCUGGCUAUCUGCUGUCCUCUACACUAUGUGGCUCCCUUGAGCAGCCUGCUCUCUGCCCAGCUGGCCCUGGGUUCCUGUGUCUGUGGCUUUGUGGCCAUUUCAGUGCCAACAGCUCUCAUUAGUGGCCUCUCUUUCUGCGGUCCCCAUACUAUCAAUCACUUCUUCUGUGAUGUUGCCUCCUGGAUUGCCCUGGCCUCUACAAGCACAGAGGUGAUAGAACUUGUGGCCUUUGUGAUUGCUUUUCUGGUCAUCCUGAGCUUGUGCCUCAUUACCCCGAUCUCCUACUUCUACAUCAUCAGCACCAUCUUCAGGAUCCCCUCAUCCAGUGGCAGGAGCAAAGCCUUCUCCAAAUGCUCCUCUCAUCUGACUGUGGUGCUCAUCUGGUAUGGAUCCACAAUGUUCCUUCAUGUUUGUACAUAAGACUCCUUGGAUUUGACCAAAGUGGUCCACAUCCUCAACACUGUGGUGACUCCAGUUCUGAACCCCUUUAUCUACAGCUUCCAUAACAAGGAUGUAACAGAAACUCUGCAAAAGUAG